GCGCCGCCUCGUGCCGGGGCGCGGCAGUCGUUGGAGGACGCGAGGCCGUUGCGCUGUGCCCGAGUCAGCGGGGCCGCCCCAGCCCCGGAGGGAACCGAUCCCGAUCCCGAGCGGCCGCCUCAUGUCCUGCCGGGCGAACGGCUGCGGGGAAGGUGGCCAAGAGCAAAUCUAAAUACGUUUUGGUGAGGAUGAAGAGUGCAGCUGAGACGGGCUACGGUUUCAACAUCAGGAGACUCCGACUGCAGGAAAAACUGGUCCUGCUGAGAUACGAUCCCAUUGCAAAACAACGUGUCCUCUUCACAGAGAAGAAAAAAAUCCGCUCUCUCUGAACAAUGACCAGGCUUGAUUUAUGCAUGAGGAGGGGAUGGUCUGGGGGAGGACAGUGUGUGUGCUGAUUCAGAAAUCCAGCAACAUGGGCUGAAAAGAGAGGAAAUGAACUGGGAUCACCGUCUCCUGUGAUUUGAAGGCCAUUGUGAAUAAAACAAUGCAGAGAGAGAAAAUUCUUAAUGUCUGGACAUAGAUCAUCACAGUAACAUUUAUUUAUCUUUUGAGUUAUUUUUGCAGUACUCAAUUAAAAAAAUUAAAUAGCAAA